GAGUAAAAUCUACACAAAUAUCUCUUUAGCGCAAAUUCUAAAUUGUUUACCGAAAAUUCCUUCUUUCGAUAAUGAAUCGGAAUCCAAAUCCCACAAGUCUUGGAAGGCAGAAGGGAGCCUUGGUGCUGGAGGUGCUUAAGGUGUUGGGUCGACCCGCCAGCAUUUCGGAGGUGGCCGAACGGGUAUCCACGGUGUACAAGCUCCCACUGCAGCCCAUCCAACCCGUUGUGGCCGAUGUGCUGAGAGCGGGCGUGGCUAACGGAUUCUUCGAGUGCCGCUUUGGCUGCUAUUCGAUGGUGCCCAGCGUGGUGGAGCAAUUGAGACGGGAUAUUGAUGAGUAUGCUGUCAGAGUUCUUACCAGGAAAACAGCUCAGCUAUCGCCGCUGAUGAAGAUGCUCCAGCGGUUAGAUGAAUCUCCGCUAGUGCCUGGGAAUAGCAAUCGUUUGGUGUACAUGCACGAUCCAAACUAUCCACAGUGGAGUUCAGUCUCCGACAAUCACUGAGAUUCAGAGUCCUUCACUGAAGUGCUGAAAAAAUAAUUUAAUUCGCAUUGAAAUCCAAUAAAGCUGAAUUCUUUGAAGCGUUGAAAA